AUGCAACUUAGACUUCCAACUAAAGAAGAGGUCCAAAAAUAUUGGGUUAAUGAAGGUCCCAAAUUAGUUAUAUUACUUUUAUAUAUUCUCGGAAAUGCAGCAGGUUUCAUAUACACAUUUUAUAUUUAUAGAUUCCCAGAAGAAGAAUCACACAAAAAAGCAUUCGAAUUAUUAGGUUAUGGUCUUUGUUUUGCAAGAGCAUUUGCAAUGGUGUUAAAGAUAAAUUGCACUUUGGUAUUAAUCCCAGUUCUUCGUAAUUUAUUAUCAUGGCUCAGAGGCACAUUUUUAAAUAAUUUUGUUCCAUUCGAUAAAAACAUUACUUUUCACAAAGGUAUUGCUUGGGUAAUCUGUUUUGCAACAUUUGGUCAUGUUAUGGGACAUUUUAAUAAUUAUAGAAUAUAUGAAGAGGGAGCAGCUUAUAACGGAAUUGAUGAUUUUGGUAUUGCUAAAGGUACAACAGCAUAUGAUCUUGCAUUUAGAACAUUAGCAGGAUGGACAGGUUAUGUUGUCGUAGUUGUAAUGAUUAUAAUGUAUACAACAGCAAUCGAAUCAGUAAGAAGACCAAUGUUUGAAUAUUUUUGGUACAGUCAUCAUUUAUUUAUUGUAUUUUUUGGAUUAUUAGUUGUUCACGGUUUACACAGUAGAUUACAAGAAACAUCAUUUUGGAAAUGGGUUAUUGGUCCAUGUGCACUUUACAUUAUCGAAAGACUUAUUCGUUUAUUACGUUCUAAAAAAACCACAAUGUUGAUGCAAUGCAGAAUCCAUCCAUCUCGUGUUAUUGAACUCCGUAUGAAAACAGAACAUUUCAAAUACAAACCAGGUCAAUAUUUAUUUUUAAAUUGCCCAACUAUAGCACAAAACGAAUGGCAUCCAUUCACAAUUACAUCAGCACCAGAGGAAGAUUUUGUUUCAGUUCAUAUUAAUGUAGUUGGUAAUUGGACCGGUAAACUUUCAACACUCAUGAACCCAGAUAAAAAAUUAGGUAUUGUUCAAGAAAAUGUAUUAAAUGCCCCAGAUGGUAAGCCAAUUUUAAGAAUCGACGGUCCAUAUGGUGCUGCUUCCGAAGAGGUAUUCAAAUAUAAACAGGUCAUUUUAAUUGGUGCAGGUAUUGGUGUUACUCCAUUCGCUUCUAUUUUAAAACAUAUUAAAUUCCAAUUGGCUCGUACCUAUACUACCACUCCAUUAAUCGAAAAGGUUCAUUUUUAUUGGAUUUGUCGUGAUCGUAGUUCAUUUGCCUGGUUUAGUGGUUUAAUUGGUGCUUUGGAAAUGGAAAAUCAUAAUAAUUAUUUAGAAAUUUUCCCAUAUCUCACUGGUGCUUUAUCUGCUCAAGAAAUUAGAGAUGUCAUGUAUGGUGAUGAAGAAAAAGAUCUUAUUACUGGUUUUACAUCUCCAACUCAAUUCGGUAGACCAAAGUGGAAUGAAAUUUUCUCGGAUUAUGCUCUGCGUUACGCAAAUAAAGAUGUCGGAGUUUUCUUCUGUGGUCCAAAAUUAUUAUCAAAAACACUUUAUAAAAAUGCCACUCACUUUACCAAGCAUUCAACAUGUAAAUUCCAUUACAACAAAGAAAACUUUUAA